AAAGGCGCCCCCCUCCUCCGCCACCUCCUUCUGUUGAUAGCCAUAUUCCCUCAUUUCUUCCUGCAGGCUGGACGGUACAGAGCAGAGGGGCGAGGCGCUGACUGAAGCUUGACGACUUCACAUCUGCAAUCAGGAAAACGACCCAAACAGUCAGAGGAAUUGAAUGCUGCUCUCUGCUGCACUGGCCUGCUCUCUAAACGGCUGAGCUCGGACAUCACCAGCAAUGCCUCACUUGUUCCUCACCAGCAAGAUCGCCAUGCCGGAUGACCUCUACGCCAAAGGGGGCGGCAGGAUCCCGAGGCAUGCGGUGAGGAUACCGACGUCCAUCUCUGCAGAGAGGCUGAGCCGGGAGAAGGCCAGGAAGGACAGUGCCGUCAUCGUGACAACACGCAUCCCACACGUCAACGAGGUCCAGCUCACGGCAGCGACCGGUGGCGCAGAGAUGUCUUGCUACCGCUGCAUAGUGCCGUUUGGCGUGUUUGUCCUCAUCGCUGGCAUCGUGGUGACGGCGGUGGCCUACACCUUCAAUUCCCACGGGUCCAACAUCUCUCUGCUGGGACUGGUGCUGCUAUCUGCAGGGCUGGGCCUACUCGGAUCCAGCGCCGUCUGCUGGAGGCUUCGACUGAGGAAGAAGAAGGACAAACGAAGGGAGAGUCAGACCGCUCUCAUGGUCAGCCAGGGUUACUGCAUGCCCUGAUCGCCUCGGAGUUUGGACAUUAAUCUUCAAGCCCUUCAUUUCAUGCAGCAGAUAUCUUGAUUUUUUUAUUUUACUGAAUGUACCACAUUGACACCAAACUAGAUCACCAGGUUCACAGACUUUAAAGAGCUCAUACCCACAGUCCUUCAGGCUCGGUGACUGUGAGAGGAGCGAACGGUGCCUCACUGGACACCAGGCAUUCUGUGAAGACUAAAAACUUGUUCCUGAAAGCAAAGAGACGGAAGGAGGCCAAAUUUUCUGUUCAUCUCUGAACCAAAAUUUAAGAACUUUUAUUGGAUCAAGCUAAUUUUAUGUGAUCAAAUAUCUCAGAAUGAUGGUUUAACAAAAAACUAAUAAUAAAAAAAACACUAAACAAAGGAAAACUCUUAAAUAUUUCUAGGAACAUGAGUUGGAACAAUGUUCUAAAAGUACAAAAUUUGUAAAAAAAAAUCCUGUAAAUAACUGACCGGCCAUCCAACGAGGGUGAUUGUGUGAAGGCUCUAAUUUCAAAGAAGACGUCACGUUAGACACGACAUGAGAUCAAUAUGAUCUGACUGAGAAUGUACAGUUUGUUGUUGAUAAUAAGCUAUAAACACGGUUUGAAUGGUACUCUACUCUAUGUAUGUUGAGCAGCGUAUAGAUUCUCUUUGAAUCGGGCUCACUUGUGACUUCUGGGCUUCUAUCACUCUGCAUGGGGAACUUUACAUGUAAUGUAUACAGACAUUAACUAUUUGGAGGAAAGAGGGACAGAUCUUAAAGAAUCAUGUAGCAUUUCUCCAAGCAAUGCCCUCAGAGUUUGGUUCUAAGAACUGGGAACUUUCCAGGGAACAACUACAAAUGGGCUAAUUGGUUCAGGAAAAUACGUUACUUUCUGUCAGCUUUUCCUCGGCUAGGAUCAUCAUUUCAUUUAUUUCCUCAGAUGGGUCCAAAGCUUCCGGGUUGUUCCUCCAGGCCUUCUUUAUUCACGUUGUUGUGCUUGAAAAAAAUAAAUAAAUAAAUUUCUGCAUUGACAUUAUUUCAAAUUAGAUCUCACCAGCAAUUUCUAAAAUGUCGCCCACAGAAACAUAAAAUCAUUCUAUAUAAACCCUUGCACGUCUAAGAAAUAUCUAAUUAAGUAAGUUAAAAAUUUUUUAUUUCACAAGCUUCAAUAGUAGUUUCUAUACGUUUCUACAGCCUAAACGACAACUGACUGGUUCUGGAACUGCCCGUCUUAUUUGGAAGUUCCUAAAAAGACAUGCAAUUGAUUUAGACGUCUGCUGCUUCUGCUGGUGAAAAGCUUAAAUGAAGAUCCCUGUAAUUAUUUAGCCAACAAAAAGGAACCUGUGACUUUCGGCGUCUUUAACUCCGCAGAUCAGACUAAACUACUGCUGACCUGAUUCUAUCCCCCUGCAGGUGUGCUCGGUCUUUACCAUGUGACCGAAUACCUGAGCGCGGAGGUCACAGCUGAGUCCAAUUUCUCACAUGCAUGCCUCUUUGUAAGUCACGUGCACUAAACUAAACAACAUCCCGUCUGUCUGCUCGAUUUAUUUAUUCUGUCCGUGAAUGAAACUGGAACUAUUAAAGCCAAGAUCUGGAGCCCAAACAAA